AUGACUGCUAUAACUGUUGGUGUUAUCGGGGCAACUGGCAACGCAGGCCAGACGGUGGUUAAUGGUUUACUGUCUUCACCAAUAGCUUUCACUAUCACAUCCUUCACCCGAGAAUCCUCCGUGAAUCGCCAGGAAAAUCAAAGGCUCAAAGCAAAGGGUGUUUGCAUUGUCGGCUACGAUCUAAGCGGUCCUCAUCAAAAGCUCGUUGACCAAUUAAAGAAUAUCGAUAUUCUUAUCUCCUGUAUAAAUUGGGAACAUCUCGACUUGCAGCUUCCUUGGAUCAAAGCCGCAAAGGAGGCUGGGGUGAAACGUUUUGUUCCCUCGGAAUGGGUAGGACCAUGUCCUAAAGGUGUCCACUGGAUCAAAGACCAUAAACUUGAAAUCCUAGGCGCAAUUCAACGGGCACGUCUACCGUAUACUGUUAUUGAUGUCGGUUGUUGGUAUUCAGUCUUUGUCCCUAAGGUCCCGUCCGGCAAGUCAGAUAAGGCUCAUAUGCCCUAUAUUGAUCACCGUAUCGUGGAGGAUGGAAACCAGAAAUUCGCCUUGAUUGAUAUAGCAGAUGUUGGCAAGUAUGUUGCUCAGAUUGUGGCAGAUCCUAGGACUAUCAACAAGCAUGUGUUUGCAUACACAGAGGUGCUCAGUAUGAAUGAAAUCUGGAACACCAUGGCCAUAGGCACGGGCGAAGAACCGGAGAAGGACUACGUGUCGUUGGCAGAUAUCCACGAGAUCAUCGAGACUUGCCGAAAAAGACUCGAGAGUAGUCUUCAUACAAUGCAGCAUCCAGAUAAUAUUAUGGACUGUGCGAAUUACAAUAUGGGGUAA